AUGCUUUUCAAUCGAAUAUCAGUUUUAAUUUCAAAUAGGACAUUUGUCCCAAAUAUACAAGCUACUUUUCUUGAACGACAAGAUCUUAUGGAAAAUAUACAAAAAACUAUUAAAUUAGCUGAAAAGCAAUUGAUCACUCUGAAUUUGUGUGAUCAACGACAGAAGGCUACGCGUGAUUUAACAACAGAAUCUGGCUCAUUUUUAAUCUUUCAACUGUUCAAAAGUGUUUUAUUAAAAUUGCCUAAAACUCCGGAAUCCAAACAGGAAAUGAUUAAAAAAUGUCGACAAUAUUAUCGUGGCAACGAAAAACAGUUAGAAAAAAUUAAAGAAUUUGAUUCAACAUAUAAGUCUAAUGAAGCUAUAAAAUGUUACACAAAAUACGAGUUUAUUUAUAGACUUGUCAACAAAGCUCUUAGAACCGAGGACAUCAAUGAAUUACUUAUAUUUCGAUUUUUCAUUAUUGAUCUAUGCUUGAAUUUAGCAAAAAAGCACAAUGAGCUAAAAAAGAUUGAAAAACAACCGAUUAUUGAUUUAUAUCGUGGAGUUUGUUUAAGCA